CCGGUAGGGCCCACCGUGAUGUUUGUGUUAUAUCCACUCCGUCCAUCCGUUUUGCGAGCUCAUUUUAAGAUAUGAAGCCAAGCAUGAGGGAGAUAUAAACAUCAAGUGGCCCGCACCAUAGGUACAUUGAGGAUGGAAAAACCCACCAUUGAAACCUUUUUGGGGCCCACCAAGAUUUUUAUAUUCCAUCCAACACGUUCAUAAAAGUGAUUCUCACCUGGAUGGAAGGGAAAACGCAAAUAUCAGCCCGAUCCAAAACUAACGUGGCCCCCAGAUGGUUUCAACGGUGGAUAUUCAAUCCAUAUUGUUUCUUGUGGUGUGACCCAAUUUAGUCUUGGAUGUCCCUCAUGAAAAUAGUAUGGUGAAACAGAUGGACGGGUUGGGUAUAAUACAAACAUUAGGUUGGGCACCACAGUGCUUGGAGUUAAGUGCCGGCGUAUCAUCCAUCCCACUCUGCUAGAGUAUCAAAGCAUCAAAGCACUUUCACCAACAAAAACCCCCGACUUUUGAAAAAUCUCCCAAUCUUUCAACACAGCAAUGCUCAGCGCCACCGGACUCUCUCCGUUCUUCACUAGCCGCCAUGAAACCAAAAGGGUGCUCAAAUCCUCAAGAAAUCUCCAGAUUGGUAGGGUUUUUACUGUCAGAGCUGGGCCCAAGAAGAUUUCUUUCGAUGGAGAAUGCAGGAAAUCAUUGCAAGCUGGUAUAGAUAAGCUUGCUGAUGCCGUGUCUGUAACCUUAGGACCCAAAGGUCGUAACGUUGUUCUAGAUGGACCUGACAUACCAAAAGUAAUUAAUGAUGGAGUGACAAUUGCUCGGUCCAUUGAGCUCUCCGAUGCCAUUGAGAAUGCAGGGGCAAUGCUCAUUCAAGAGGUUGCACUUAAGACAAAUGAUUUAGCAGGCGAUGGGACUACUACGGCAAUCAUUUUGGCUCGCGAGAUGGUUAAGUUAGGGUUAUUAGCUGUUGCUUCUGGGGCUAAUCCAGUUUCUUUGAAGAAAGGCAUUGAUAAAACUGCUCAUGAGCUGGUUAAGGUCCUAAAGACUAGAUGUAGACCUGUUAAAGGGAGGGAGGAUAUAAAAGCUGUGGCCUCAAUUUCUGCUGGAAAUGAUGAUUUCGUUGGAAAUUUGAUUGCGGAAGCCAUAGAUAAGAUUGGCCCUGACGGAGUCAUCACAAUCGAAUCAUCCAAAACUUUCGAAACUACUAUUGAAGUUGAAGAAGGAAUGAAGAUUGACAAGGGCUAUGUAUCUCCCCAAUUCAUCACAAACCAGGAUAAAUCGAUUGUGGAGUUUCAGAAUGCUAAAGUUCUAGUAACCGACCAAAAGAUUUCAAACAUUAAACACAUCCUUCCUCUAUUAGAAAAGACAACUCAGUUAAGCGUCCCGCUGUUGAUAAUUGCCGAAGACAUCUCACGGGAAGUGCUGGCGACGCUGGUCAUGAACAAGCUGAGCGGCGUACUUAAUGUUGCAGCUAUUGGGUGUCCGGGAUUUGGUGACGGAAAGAAGGCUCUUCUGCAAGAUAUUGCUCUUAUGACAGGUGCAGAUUUUAUAGCGGGUGAUCUGGGCUUGACGCUUGAAAGCGCAACAUCAGACCAGCUUGGUAUUGCUCAAAAGAUUACUAUAACAAACAAUUCAACGACCAUCGUCGCUGACUCCACUACUAGAGCUGAGAUUCGAGCAAGGAUCUCACAGAUAAAGAAAGAUCUGGCUGAAACAGACAGCGCAUACCAGUCAAGGAAGCUCUCUGAGAGGAUUGCAAAACUCUCUGGUGGUGUUGCUGUAAUCAAGGUAGGAGCGCCCACUGAGACCGAACUCGAAGAUAGGAAGCUCAGAAUCGAGGACGCGAAGAGUGCUACUUUUGCUGCCAUUGAUGAAGGUAUAGCACCAGGUGGUGGGGCGACAUUCGUACAUCUGUCGAAGCAUAUUCCAGUCAUAAAGGAUCUGAUGGAAGAUCCAGAAGAGCAGAUUGGUGCUGACAUAGUCAGGAAGGCACUGCUUGUACCUGCAUCAUUAAUCGCUGUGAAUGCGGGAGUCGAAGGAUCAAUUGUCGUGGAGAAGCUUCUAGCUUGUGACUGGGAGAUUGGUUACAACGCGAUGACCGAUGUGUAUGAAGAUCUUAUGAAUGCAGGUGUCAUAGAUCCUUGCAGAGUUUUGAGGUGCGCACUCCAAAAUGCAGCUUCUAUUGCUGGGGUGAUUCUGAUGACCCAAGCUGUCCUUGUGGAGAAAACAAAGCAGCCCAAACCAGCUGUUCCUUAUGUUCCUGGAAUAACUCCUUAGCAACGACAAGAAAGAGGUACAACUGAUUACUGGGUGCUACAGGCCAUUGAUCUGAUGGGCCCCACUUGGAUCUUUCUCAGAAUAUCUCGUGAUGGUAUGAUUCUAAUCCAUCAUCACUAUGUAGUUUGGCAAAAUCGAUGAGAAAAGGUCAGAGAUUGGACUCCUAGGAUCUUCCAAUCUUGGAGAUUUUCCGAGCAGGUUACAUCCAAAGUGGGCCCAUCAGAUCAGUGGUCCAGAUUUCAGAACUGUUUGGCCUCACUUGUAGGAACAGUGCCCGAGGACAUUAUACAAACAGACCACACUGAGAUCAUAUAAUUCCUCGACCAAUAAUAGGAGACGUGAUUCAGUGAGUUCCAAAUCAUAGACUCGGGUGGGGCCCACAUCAGUAUGCGGCGGAUUGUACUUAGAUGACUUUAUUGGUCAUGAGUGAGAAUUUUGGCAAGAAUGUAGUGUUUUUUUUUAGAGGCAGCUACUCUCUAAGGCUUGAUCUACACAGUUUCUUGUGGAAUUUAUUUCA